AUGUUAAAAUAUAUCAUCCCAACUAUCAUACUAAUACCUCUGACCUGAAUAUCAAAAAAUAGCAUAAUCUGAACCAACACUACAGCCCACAGUCUGUUAAUCAGCCUCACAAGCCUACUCCUCCUAAACCAAUUCAACGACAAUAGCCUAAACUUCUCACCAAUGUUCUUCUCUGACCCCCUAUCUACCCCCCUCCUAAUCCUAACAAUAUGGCUCCUACCCCUAAUACUAAUAGCCAGCCAAUCACACCUACUUAAAGAACCCCCAACCCGAAAAAAACUGUUUAUCACAAUACUAAUUACGCUACAAACAUUCCUAAUCAUAACAUUCUCAGCUAUAGAACUAAUCCUGUUCUAUAUCCUAUUUGAAGCCACACUCAUCCCAACCCUCAUCAUUAUCACCCGAUGAGGUAACCAAACAGAGCGCCUUAACGCAGGCCUUUACUUUCUAUUCUAUACCCUAAUAGGAUCUCUCCCCCUCCUAGUAGCACUGAUUUAUAUCCAAAAUAUCACAGGAUCCCUAAACUUCCUAAUACUCCAAUAUUGAACCCAAGCCGUAUCCAACUCUUGAUCCAACGUCUUCUUAUGACUAGCAUGUAUAAUAGCUUUCAUGGUAAAAAUACCCCUCUACGGCCUCCACCUAUGACUACCUAAAGCACACGUAGAAGCACCCAUCGCCGGCUCAAUAGUCCUAGCCGCCAUUCUACUAAAACUAGGAGGCUAUGGCAUACUACGUAUCACAACUAUCCUAAACCCCCUAACAGAAAUAAUAGCAUAUCCGUUCAUCAUACUCUCCCUAUGAGGGAUAAUCAUAACUAGCUCCAUCUGCCUGCGCCAAACAGACCUGAAAUCACUCAUCGCAUACUCUUCCGUAAGCCACAUAGCACUCGUCAUCGUAGCAAUCCUCAUCCAGACCCCAUGAAGCUACAUAGGAGCAACAGCCCUGAUAAUCGCCCAUGGCCUCACAUCAUCCAUACUGUUCUGCCUAGCAAAUUCAAACUACGAGCGAAUUCACAGCCGAACAAUAAUCUUGGCUCGAGGACUACAAACACUCCUUCCACUAAUAGCCGCCUGAUGACUACUAGCAAGCCUGACAAACCUGGCUCUACCACCCACUAUCAACCUCGUCGGAGAACUACUAGUAAUCAUGUCCUCUUUCUCAUGAUCAAAUAUUACCAUUAUCCUAAUAGGAACCAACAUCAUAAUCACCACCCUAUACUCACUAUACAUACUAACCACCACUCAACGCGGCAAGUACACCCAUCACAUCAACAACAUUACACCCUCAUUUACACGAGAAAACGCCCUAAUAGCACUCCACAUCCUACCCCUCCUACUACUAUCCCUAAAUCCCAAAAUCAUCCUAGGCCCCCUCUACU